AUGGAAGAAAUUAGAAACUUGUACGGAAUUAGGAUAAGCUACAAAAAAGCAUAUAGCGCCAAGGAAAUAGCACUUGAACUGGUUAGAGGUUCCUUGCGUGAAUCUUAUGCUAAAUUGCCAGCUUACCUAUACAUAGUAAACACAAUAAAUCCUGGAUCAUUCACAAGACUACACAAAAUGGAGGACAAUCACUUUUUAUAUGCUUUUGUCGCGUUGAGCACAUCAAUUAGGGGCUGGAGAUAUUGUAUGCCUACCAUUGUUGUUGAUAGAAAUUUUCUGAAAUCUGCAUACAAGGAAAAAAUAUUAUUUUCUAGUGUGCUGGAUGCAGCAGGAUAUAUUUUGCCACUAGCAUAUGUUGUUGUUGAUUAUGAAAAUGAUUCUUCAUGGGAAUGGUUUUUCCACAUGUUUAACACUGCUUUUGGUGAAAGAGAAGGAAUGUGCAUAGUAUCUAAUAGGCAUGACAGUAUAUUAAAAGCUGCUGCACUUGUAUAUCCAAAUGUGGCUCACUGUAUAUGCAUCUACCAUCUAUGGAACAAUAUCAAGGGUAGAUUUAAGAAGAAUCAAAAGCAAUUAAAGGGGAUCUUCUUCACAAUGGCCAGAACAUACAUAAAGGCAGACUUUGAUCGGCAUAUGGAAGACAUAAACAAAAUUAAUAAUAGGGUGAAGGAGUAUCUGUUUGAUAUAGGCUAUGAAAAAUGGUCUAUAGCUCAUGCCCAUGUCAACAGGUCGAUGUUCAUGACUUAA